AUGAUUCGAAAAAUCGGGCUUUUCCAGCCUUCAGGGAUUCUUUCGCGCAUCACACCAAUUCGACGUCCAUUGAAUUUCAGAAGUUUCCGGUCUAGAGUUCUUACAAACUACAGUCAUGAUUCUUCACAGGAGAUUAAUAUUGAGCCGCCUCCGCCUCCUCAGCCGAGCCCUCCAGUUAAAUCCAAUGUGGCUGCAAUGACCAUAUUUACCGUGGUAGCCGUGGGUACCAUAUACGCCACAUCCGCCAUAUACGAGAAUCUGAAUCUUCAAAAAGAGACACCCAAAAUCAUGGAUAUGUUUAUCCGAAACGAGGAAAACACAUACGAUGUAAGACGCAAAAUGCACGAGAUGAACUAUCCUCCUGGAAUAUUAUAUGCGCCGACCCCAUGGCCACCCGUUCACCAACUUUCCAGUCCUCAGGGACGAGAAAAAUUCUGGAAUAGACUAAUGCCCUCGGAAAAAUUCACAUACACCAUCAUGGCGACGAAUAUAGGAAUCCAUGCUCUGGGUAGUCUGGCUCCAGGAUUAUGGUCCAACAUCUUCGUGCAUACACCCGGCAUGAAUCGAAAUUUCACAUUACUUACCUGUGUAUUUGGUCAUGGGGGACUUGCACAUUUGGGUAUGAAUAUGUAUGGAUUCCAUUCCUUCAUGCCGGCCUUGGGACAAGACCCCUCUUUCAAAUCGAGUAUUCCCCACAUGACGGCUUUCUAUCUCUCAACGGGUGUUAUGGGUAGUUGGGCACAAGCUUUAAGUGCGGGACUCAGACCAAAUGUCCCGGCGGUACCGUUUCUGGGAGCGAGCGGUGCGAUAUUUGCACUGAUUGGUGCAUUUGCUAUGCAACACCCAGAAGCUCAGUUCCAGAUUAUGUUCAUUCCGUAUCCGUUUGCGGCGCAGGAAUUGUUGGGUGCAGCUAUGUUGUUUGAUCUACUGGGUGUUUGUGGUGCUUAUAAAACUCUUAGAUUGGGACACGCGGCGCAUUUAAGUGGUGCUUUGAUGGGUUUGGGAUAUGUGUAUUUCGAUUGCGAGAGGAAUAUUUGGAGACCUCUUUGUAGAGGUGUUCAUAAAUGGUUUGGAAUGAGAAAGUGGGAGAAAAAGAUUGAGCGGUAUAUUUGA